GAGGAGUGUCAUUAUUUGCCCAACUUAUGAUCGCUUGCCUUAUAAUCGAUUAGAAAGUCUGUUGUUAUUUUUGUUCUGAGUGUUGUUGCAUUUUGUGUUGUGUUAUGACAGUUAUGUGUUUGCUGUACCUAUGUCACAUGUGAUUUGUUAUUCAGCGUUCUUUUAUUUUUUGUUCUAUAAACUUUCAAAUUUGUUUACAUCAUUGUCUUUUAUUGUGCACGGGUAGAGUACUUUAAAUUUAAAUCUGGUAACUGUCACAAACAGAGAUUUUUUUCAAUUCACUAUAGGCCUACUUAUUAUGUACAUACCUUUAUAAUAUAAUAUUGUUUUAUCAACUUGUAUAUUAAUAUUUCAUAUUUCCACUAUAGGUAACUACUAUUUUUUAUUUUUCGGAGUGGAAUGUUAAAUGAGAAAGAAAAAAGUGAUGGCAAAGUUGUAUUUUUUCUUAGUUCUUAUUAGAUUUUAUUGUUGGUGGGGAUCACGCAAUACGUCCAACUAAUUAAGUAUCAUGUGGCAGUUGAUUCAGACUAUGAACAUCUGCUGGAAGGCGAUUGAUUUGAGGGUUUACUUCCCCAUCUGAUGUAGGAAUGGCAAAUGUAAACUGCAAUUAAUAUCAACAUUUGACAAACUCACGCUCCAUAUGAUGUCACUACAUAUUCUGAUAGGUUGUACUGGAAGUGUUGCUUCUAUCAAGGUUCCAAUUUUAGUGCGGGCACUUUUGGAGCAUUUUCCUCAGUCAGAAAUCAGAGUUGUCUCAACAGAGCACGCACAACAUUUUUUCACUAAAGAGGACAUCCCAGUACCUGUUCUCACAGAGAGGGAUGAAUGGGAGACCUGGUCUAAAAUUCAGGAUCCUGUAUUACAUAUAGAAUUACGAAAGUGGGCUGAUCUGCUUCUAAUUGCCCCUCUUGAUGCCAACACAUUAGCCAAAAUUGCUAAUGGUAUAUGUGAUAAUUUAUUGACUUGUAUUGUACGAGCAUGGGACAAUCAAAGACCUCUCCUUUUUGCCCCAGCUAUGAAUACAUAUAUGUAUGAGCACCCAUUAACCUCUAGCCAUAUACUGUCAUUGAAGAGUUUGGGCUACAUAGAGAUACCAUCCAUUUCCAAGAAACUUGCUUGUGGAGACACAGGUUAUGGAGCUAUGGCAGAGGUAUCAACAUUGGUGUCUGCUGUAGAAAGUGCUGUAGUUCAAGUUCCAGCUUCAGCCCAACUUACAUAAAUCUUCCAAUUUCUGGUCACAACCAUGGUUGUGACUUUUAACUUUAAAAAAAAAAUUGUUUUUGUGCAUUUAAAAGUGUGUUAAAAAGUCUUUUAUAAUUGUUUUUUUUUAAAAUAAAUCUUGGGUAUCAUUCCCAUCUCUUCCUGUCAACAGCCUUACUAAUUUAACAAAUCAGCAUUCCAGAUCUGUUGUUUGAAUUGUCUAUUCAUAUAUCAGUUUAAGUUUGGAUUUUCACAAAUAUUGAGAUGUUCUGGUCUAUUUUUAAUUUUUGUUAAGUGAUUAUAUUUGUUAUGUAAAUAAAAUGUACACAAUUUCUAUGUAAUUUGUUAAUGAUACCAAUAAUGUACUUUUUUUAAAGAUAAUAAAAGUCAUUUGAUGUUUCCUAUUUAA